AUAAGUGUUUAAUUGUAAUAUAAAUUAGCAAUUUAUACUUUUGAAAAGUACACGUAGCAGUGAAGAAGUGUUUUUAAGUUUUUUAUAAUAGAAAAAAUAUUUAUUAUAGAUGCUAGUUCAUAGUUUAUACUUGUACAAAUCUUGCUAAAAAAAUCAAUUUUUAACAAUGAAGCGAUAUUGUUCACUCAUAAUUUCUGGGGUGGGUGUUUUAUUAUUUAUUUUAGGACUAGUUUUAAUUUUUGCUGUGAUUCCUCCAAUUAUUGAUGAUAAAAUAGAAGAGGAAAUUAUAUUGAAGAAUGGCACAGAACAAUUCGAACGUUUUUUGACAGUACCCCAGCCCCUGCAUUACAAGAUAUAUUUCUUCCAUAUAAAAAAUCCUGAUGAAGUACAUGCUGGCGCAAAACCAAUAGUGGAAGAAAAGGGACCUUAUGUUUAUAGUAUGCGAAAUGAGAAGAAGGAUGUCAGAAUUCAUUCUGACGAUGAAGAAAUUGAGUUUAGAGUAAAAUUAAAUAUUCAAUUUGAUUCGGUUGCUUCAGCACCCUUAACAGAAAAUGACGAGAUAGAAGUUUUAUAUGUUCCUAUGAAUGCAGCAUUUAUGGUUGCUGAAGAGCUAGGCCAAGGAGGAGUUAUGUCAAGUGCCUAUAACAAGGUUUUCAAUAAUCCUAAGACCAUGUUUAUUAAGACAACAGUCAAGGAAUACUUAUUUGAAGGAGUCAAGUUUUGUGUCGAUCGAUCAGCAAUACCUAGCAUCGUCUGUUCCCUGGUGGAGAAACAAGGAUCUCAGACAAUUCGGAAAAGUACCACGGACAGAGGACUACUUUUCUCCUUCUUUAAUCAUAAAAAUACGUCCGAUGAUGGAUUGUGGAACAUAUACAGUGGCAAAAAGGAUAUUUUAGAUGUCGGUCAACUUACUUCUUGGAACAAUGAGACAUAUAUGAAACUUUGGAAAGAUGGUAAUUCAACAUGCAAUAAAGUUCAAGGCACCGACAGUACCAUGUACAGACCUUAUCGACAUGGCAAAGAGCCGGACGAUUUCAUGUGGGUGUUUAAUUCGGAUAUUUGCAGGGCCGUAUCAGUGCAUUAUAAAGAAAAGCGCGAAUUCAAUGGUAUAGAAACAUUCAGAUACGAGGCCAACGAUGCGUUCAUGGUGAAACCUGAAAAAUGUUAUUGCCUCGGUAAAACAACAGGUAUAACAGAUCCAGAUACUGGCUGUUUGUAUGGAGGUGCAUUAGAACUCUACACAUGCCAAAAAGCUCCAGUGGUUCUAACACAUCCACAUUUUAUGAAUGCCGAUCAAAUUUAUAAGGAUACAGUUGAUGGGUUAAGAAAUGACACAAGUAGUGAAGAACAUGGAACUUUUAUUGAAGUGGAACCGCAUACUGGAACUCCGAUUAAAGGAUCGAAAAGAGUUCAGUUUAACAUGUUCAUUCGUCCAAUCAAGAAUUUGAAAUUUACUGAAAACUUGACCACUGCGCUGGUUCCAAUUAUGUGGGUCGAUGAGGGAAUAAUACUGAAUGACGAGAAUCUUGACUUACUCAAUGAAAGUUUAUUUGAUAAAUUACUUAUUGCUGAUGCGGUCACGUGGACGUUAGUAGGAGUUGGAGCUGUUAUUGGCGUUGCUGGUAUUAUUUGGUGGUUUUGCAAAAAAUAAACCAAGGGUAUAAAUAAUAGAAUAGCUAAUAACUAUAUGUGAUACAG